AUGUCUCGACAAAAUUUCGAUCCACUUGCUUUAAUUCCUACAAUUGAUGAUGAUGAUGAAAAUGAUGUACCAGAUCUUGAUGGAUCUGGUGAUGAGGAUGAAGAUGAAAUGAUCGAAAAACCUCGUGCUCAUAAAUUAGCUCAGGCUACAAAAGGAAAAUCUAUUGAUUUUAAUGAACAAUUUCAAUUUCUUCUGGAUGAUCCGGAUGAAAAGAAAAUAUUAAAUGAUAAUGAUGAUCAAUUAAAAUCACGAGGACAAUUAUCAACAAUUGAUGAAAAAAUUGCACAAAUUCGAAAUCGAAGACAAAAAAAAAAUAAAUCUGAAGUUGAAGAUGAACAAUCAUCAACAAAUAAUCUUGAAGAUGAAUCAUAUGAAAUGGAAAUUGAACAUGAAUCUAUAACAGAUAAAAUGAAAAUAAAAGAAACUAAAAAGAAAAAAUCAUCAAAAAAUAAAAAACAAGAUGAAUUCUUUGAAGAAUCACCACCAUUUAAUCCUGAUCAAGUUUUUUCUGAAAUGAAAAUUUCUCGACCAUUACUUAAAGCUCUUUCAGCAAUAGGUCUACAUUCACCAACACCUAUUCAAGCAGCUACUGUACCAAUUGCACUUCUUGGUCGUGAUCUAUGUGCUUGUGCUGUUACAGGAUCUGGAAAAACUAUAGCUUUUGCAUUACCUAUUCUUGAACGUCUUCUUUAUAAACCUCAUCAAACUGCACCUUGUACACGUGUACUUAUUUUGGCACCAACACGAGAAUUAUGUGUUCAAAUUCAUCAGGUAUUUCGUCAAUUAACUCAAUUUACUCAUAAUAUAAAUAUGUGUCUUUCAACUGGUGGUUUGGAUUUAAAAUCACAAGAAGCAGCAUUACGUUUACAACCUGAUAUUGUUGUUGCAACACCAGGUCGUUUAAUUGAUCAUAUACAUAAUUCACCAUCAUUUACAUUACAAAAUAUUGAAAUAUUAGUACUUGAUGAAGCUGAUCGAAUGUUAGAUGAAUAUUAUUUUGAACAAAUGAAAGAAGUUAUUACUAAUUGUUCACGUACACGUCAAACAAUGCUUUUUUCAGCUACAAUGACUGAUCAAAUUAAAGAUCUUAUUCAAGUAUCACUUAAUCGUCCUAUUCGUUUAUUUAUUGAUGAUAAUCAAUCAGUUGCACCAUAUCUUCGUCAAGAAUUUAUUCGUAUUCGUGAACAUCGUGAAGGUGAUCGAGAAGCAAUUACUGCUGCUUUACUUAUACGAACAUUUCAUGAUCGUGUUAUUGUAUUUGCACAAACAAAACGACAAUGUCACCGUAUGCAUGUUAUGCUUGGUUUACUUGGACUUAAAAUAGGUGAAUUACAUGGUGAUCUUUCUCAAACACAAAGAUUAGAUACAUUAAAAAGAUUUAAAAAUGAAGAAAUUGAUAUUUUAAUUGCAACUGAUUUAGCUGCACGUGGUCUUGAUAUUGAAAAUGUUAAAACGGUUAUUAAUUUUAUUUUACCAAAUACACUGAAACAUUAUAUUCAUCGUGUUGGUCGAACUGCUCGAGCAGGAAAAACAGGACGAUCAAUUUCACUUGUGGGUGAAAAUGAACGACAUUUAUUAAAAGAUGUUUUAAAAACAUGUAAAGUUCCAGCUAAAAUGCGUAUUAUACCUCAAGAAAUUAUUCAAAUCUUUCGAAAUAAACUUGAAGAACUUGAACCAGAUAUUGAAGAAAUUUUUAAAAUGGAAUAUGGUGAAAAAAUGAUUCAAUCAUGUGAAACACAACUUGAUAAAGCUGAAAAACGUUUAAAACAAAAUAAAACAAAUGAUACUAAUCCAAAACGUGAAUGGUUUCAAACUCGUAAUGAACGUUUACAAGAACAAGAAAAAUUACGUUUAGAUCCUUAUAAUAGUACAAAAAAGAAAUUAUCAAAAGAAGAACGUGAACAAAUACAAAAAAAUAAAUCAAUACCAAAAACAGCAGAUGAUCGAGUUAAAUUUGAAAUGCAAAAAGUUGAAAGAUUUCAAACACGUCAAAUUGAGAAGAAAACUUCAAAACGAUCACGAGAAUCUUCUUCAUUUGAAAAUGAUUUAACAAAGGAAAAACCUCAACGGAGAUCAAAAUCUGCACCACCAAUAAAGAAGAGCAAACGAUAA